AUGGAGAAUCAAGAUUUUGAUGGUAAUGGAUUCCAAAAAGGUGGUAAAGGUAAAAACAAAGUGGUUGAGAAAUAUAUUCCUCCAUUGCCGUUUCCACAACGCUUAAGAAAAGUGAAUAUGGAUGAGAGAAAAAUGAAAUUCUUCAAUUUGGUCAAGCAAUUGAAUAUCUCCAUUCCUUUGCUUGAUGCUUUGACUCAAAUUCCUUCAUAUGCAAAGUUCUUGAAGGAUGUUCUAUCCAACAAAAGGAAAUUUGAGGAACAAGUCACCGUGGCCAUGCGUGAGGAAUCAAGUGCAAUUAUUCAAAGUAAGCUCCCACCAAAGUUGAAAGAUCCGGGUAGAUUUUUUAUCCCAUGUGUGAUAGGUGGUACAAUGGUGAGUGAAGCGUUGUGUGACUUGGGUGCAAGUGUGAGCCUUAUUCCAUUCUCCUUGUGCAAAAAGUUACAACUUGGGGAUCCUAAGAGCACUACAAUGACAAUUCAGUUAGCAGACCGUUCAGUAAAGCAUCUCGUGGGAAUUUUGGAGGAUAUACCGUGA